AUGGGGAGCAGGAAAAGAAGCUACUGUGAUUUUCCAGGUAAGAGAUUGGUGAUGCUUGGGGCCAAAAGAGCGUUAUUGGAGAUGAUAUUCUGUAUAUCAUUUGGGUCUCAAGCAGGGUUUCAAGCAGAUGAAGUCUGGGACUUGACCGUUGGACUUAACUACACAGAGGUCACUGCAUAGCAUCUUGAGAGGAGCAGUUCAAGGCUCUGGGAAGCGGGUGUCAAAAGUGUAAUCAGAGAGGUGGAAAUAAUGCAGCUAGACAACUCAAUGCAUUUUGCCAUCCAGGCGAAGCGCCUUCAGGACUGGAUAUGGGGUGGGUUGGAAAGAGAGGGAUCAAGGAUGUGUCCAGGGAUUCUUGACCUGAGAAUGGAGUUGGUAGUUCCACAAAUGGGGAACACUGGGGCUGGAGCUUGUUUGCAGGAAAACCAGGAAUAGAAUUUGGAUCUGUCAGAUGAGAGGUGGAUCCCAAGGUGGAGAUGAGGAGGGCUAGUUGGAUAUUUGAGUCUAGGAUGGAGGGGGGAGUGCUGGGCUGGAGAGAUAUGCUUGGGAGUCAGCAUGUUUAUGCUCUUUAAACUCCUGAAUCUGGAUGAGCUUCCCAAAGGGAUGAGUGUAGCAUAGAGAUGGACCAGAGUAGAGGUCCAAGGCCUGAGCUCUGGGACUGUGUGUCUUUAAGAGGUCUGGGAGAUGGGGAGGAACCAUCCCAGGAGGCUGAGAAGGAACCUCGAGGGAGGUUCCAGAAGGUGUGGCACCCCGGAAGCCAAGCCAAGCAAGUAGAUGAAGGAGAGGAGAGUGAAGCUGCGUCUCAAGCAGGACUUCAAGCAGAUGAAGUCUGGAACUUGACCGUUGGACUUAACUACACAGAGGUCACUGCAUGGGACCUUGAGAGGAGCAGUUCAAGGCUCUGGGAGGGGGGAUGUAAAAAGUGUGAUUGGAGAACUGGAAAUAAUGCAGCUAGACAACUCAAUGAAUUUUGCCAUCAAGCUGAACAGGUAAAUGGGGCAGGAGCUCCAGAAGGAGUGAGGUCAAGACAGCCUUUCUUAUGGGAGAAAGAAUGGUAUGUUGUAUGCUGAUGGGAAUAAUGUAGACGAGAAGGACAAAUUGAUAACGUGGGGAGAGAGGGGAGAAUUGCUGGAGCGUGUCCCUGAAAAGGUGGUGGAGGGAUUGACCAGAGCUAGGAGUGGGGAUGGUUUAUCAAAUUGAUAACGUGGGGAGAGAGUGGAGAAAAUCGCCACAGGAUCAGAGGGUUGAAUAAUGGGGCGGGAGCUUCUGGAAGUUCUCUUCUGAUUCUGUUCUCUCAGUAAAAGAAGCAAAGUUAGUGUCUGAAGUGUGAGGAUGGGGGAGGGGAGUAGAAAGGGGAGGGGUGUGACCUGAAUGGGCUUGGAUUUGCUCAGUGAAGGAGACGGGGCUAAGGCCGAGGCCGUGGCUUUGUCCUUAAGUGUCAGAACCUCAAACCAGGAGGAACUUUGCGUCUCAAUCCUGUGCUCGGGUAUAGGCGGGGCCAAAAAUUUGGGCGGCGCCUCGCUGCACAGGCUCCAGAGAAGUGGGCGGAACCAGGCCUGGGCGGAGCCGAGAGAUGCCCACGCCCCGCCCACCUCCACCUGGCCUGCAGGGGACCAGCUGCUGAGCGCCCGAGUGUUCUUCGAGAACUUCAAGUACGAGGACGCACUACGCCUGCUGCAAUGCGCCGAGCCUUACAAGGUCUCCUUCUGCCUGAAGCGCACUGUGCCCACCGGGGACCUGGCGCUGCGGCCUGGGACCGUGGCCGGCUACGAGAUCAAGGGCCCGCGGGCCAAGGUGGCCAAGCUGAACAUCCAGAGUCUGUCCCCUGUGAAGAAGAAGAAGAUGGUGGUGCCCGGGGCCCUGGGGGUCCCUGCAGACCUGGCCCCUGUUGACGUCGAAUUCUCCUUUCCCAAGUUCUCCCGUCUGCGUCGAGGCCUCAAAGUCGAGGCUGUCAAAGGUCCUGUCCCAGCUGCCCCCACCCGCCGGCGCCUCCAGCUGCCUCGGCUACGUGUCCGAGAAGUGGCCGAAGAGGCCCAGGUAGCCCGACUGGCCGCUGCAGCUCCUCCCCCCAGGAAGGCCAAAGCAGAGGCCGAGGGGGCUGCAGGAGCCCGAUUCACAGCUCCCCAGGUGGAGCUGGUUGGGCCUCGGCUGCCGGGUGCUGAGGUGGGUGUCCCCCAGGUCGCAGCCCCCAAGGGGGAGGUGGCCCCUGCAGCAGAGGUAGUCAGCGGCUUUGCCCUCCACUUGCCAACCCUUGGGCUGGGAGCCCCAGCUGCACCUGCUGUGGAACCUGCGGCUGGAGGGAUCCAGGUCCCACAAGUGGAGCUGCCCACCUUGCCCUCGCUACCCACUCUGCCCACACUUCCCUGUCUGGAGACCCGGGAAGGGGCUGCGGCAGUGACGGUGCCCACCCUGGACGUGGCAGCGCCUACAGUGGAGGUGGACCUGGCCUUGCCUGGUGCAGAGGUGGAAGCCCGAGUAGAGGCGCCUGAGGUGGCCCUGAAGAUGCCCCGCCUCAGUUUCCCUCGCUUUGGGGCUCGAGCAAAAGAAGUUGCCGAGGCCAAGGUGGCCAAGGGCAGCCCUGAGGCCAGGGUGAAGGGACCCAAACUUCGAAUGCCCACCUUUGGGCUUUCUCUCCUGGAGCCCCGGCCCGCUGCCCCUGAAGCCGUUGAGAGCAAGCUGAAGCUGCCCACCAUCAAGAUGCCCUCCUUUGGCAUCGGGGUCUCGCCGCCUGAGGCCAAGGAGACCAAGGGGCCUGAGGUGAAGCUCCCCAAGGCCCCAGACGUCAAGCUCCCCAAAAUGCCCGAGGCAGCCCUUCCAGAUGUGCGACUCCCAGAGGUGGAGCUCCCCAAAGUGUCAGAGAUGAAACUCCCGAAGGUGCCGGAGAUGGCCGUGCCAGAAGUGCAGCUCCCGAAAGUUCCGGAGCUGAAGCUGCCGAAGGUACCCGAGAUGAAAUGCCCCGAAAUGAAACUCCCGAAGGUGCCCGAGAUGGCUGUGCCAGAGGUGCGACUCCCAGAGGUACAGCUGCCAAAAGUCUCGGAGAUAAAACUCCCCAAGUUGCCCGAGAUGGUCGUGCCGGACGUGCACCUCCCGGAAGUGCAGCUGCCAAAGGUGUCGGAGAUGAAAGUCCCCGAGAUGAAGCUCCCGAAGGUGCCCGAGAUGGUCGUGCCGGACGUGCACCUCCCGGAAGUGCAGCUGCCAAAGGUCUCAGAGCUAAAACUCCCCAAGUUGCCCGAGAUGGUCGUGCCGGACGUGCACCUCCCGGAAGUGCAGCUGCCAAAGGUGUCGGAGAUGCGGCUGCCGGAAGUGCAGGCGCCAAAGGUCCCGGAUGUGCAUCUGCCGAAGGCACCUGAGGUGAAGCUGCCCAAGGCUCCGGAGGUGCAGCUAAAAGCUGCCAGGGCAGAGGAAGCAGAGGGGGUGGAAUCUGGCUUCAAGAUGUCCAAGAUGACCAUGCCCAAGCUAGGGAGGGCAGAGUCCCCAUCUCGCGGCAAGCCAGAUGAGGCAAGUGCUGAGGUCUUGGGGAAGCUGGUGACACUUCCCUGUCUGAAGCCAGAGAUGGGCAGCGAGGCUCGUGUGGGUGUCCCCCCUCUCACACUGCCCUCAGUGGAACUAGACCUGCCCGGGGCCUUCGGCCUGCAGGGGCAGGUCCCAGCAGCCGACAUGGGCAAGGUGGAGCAGUCAGAAGCCCCUGGGGUGGUAGCAGGGGUCAGGGAAAUGGCCUUCUGGUUGCCCUCCGUUGAGAUUGUCACGCCACAGCUGCCCACAGUGGAGGGUGAGGAAAGGCAAGUAGAGGUGACGGAGGUGAAAGUCAAGCCUUCCUCCAAGUUCUCCCUGCCCAAGUUUGGACUCUCGGGGCCAAAGGUGACCAAGGCAGAGGCUGAGGGGGCUGGACGAGCCGCCAAGCUAAAGGUGUCCAAGUUUGCCAUCUCACUCCCCAAGGCUCGGGUGGGCACCGAGGUGGAGGCCAGAGGGACGGGGGAGGCAGGCCUGCUGCCCGCCCUCGAUCUGUCCAUCCCACAGCUCAGCCUGGAUUCCCAUCUGCCCACAGGCAAGGUGGAGGUGGCAGGGACUGACGCCAAGCUCAAGGGGUCCAGGUUCAGCCUGCCCAAGUUUGGGGUCAGAGGCCGGGACAGCGAGGCAGGAGAACUAGUGCCAGGGGCGACUGAGUUGGAGGGCAAGAGCAGGGGUUGGGAUGCGAGGGUGAAGAUGCCCAAGCUGAAGAUGCCCUCCUUUGGGCUGGCUCGAGGGAAGGAAGCAGAAAUCCAGGGGGGGCGAGUCAGCCCCGGGGAAAAGCCAGAGUCCAUGGCUGUGCAGCUUAAGAUCCCUGAGGUGGAAUUGGUUACUCUGGGGGCCCAGGAGGAAGGGCAAAUGUCCGCAACCAGGCAGGUGGGCACUGAGGGCCAGGAUGGGGGGCCGAGGGUGCCGGUCUGCAUCUCCCUGCCCCAGGUGGAGCUGCCCAGCUUUGGGGAGGCUGACCUGGGUGCCACCCCCGGGCAGCAGGCCAAGAAUGCACCUCCUCCAGCAGAGGGCACACCAGGCUAUAGGAUCCAGGUGCCUCAGGUGACCUUGUCUCUACCUGGAGCCCAGGCGGUGGGUGGUGAGCCGCUCGAGGGUGAGGGUGUCUUCAAGAUGCCCGCUGUGACAGUGCCGCAGCUUGAGCUGGACGUGGGGCUGAGCCGAGAGGGGCAGGCGGGUGAGGCAGCCACAGGUGAGGGCGCGCUGAGGCUGAAGAUGCCGACGCUGGGGGCUAGAGAUGCGGCGGGGGGUGAGGGGCCUGGGGACCAGCCCCCAGGGGCCGAGUGCACCUUCCGCCUCUCGCUGCCUGACGUGGAGCUCUCCCCGCCCGCUGUGGGCAGCCAUGCUGAGUACCAGGUGUCUGAGGGCGAGGGGGAUGCCGGACACAAGCUCAAGGUGCGGCUGCCCCGGUUCAGCCUGGCACGGGCCAAGGAGGGGGUCGAGGAGUCCGAGAAGGCCAAGAACCCAAAACUCAGGCUGCCCCGCGUGGGCUUCAGCCAGAGCGAGGCGGCCAGUGGGGAAGGCUCCCCCAGCCCCGAGGACGAGGAAGAGGAGGGCUGCGGGGAAGGGGCCUCCGGGCGCCGGGGCCGCGUCCGAGUCCGCUUGCCCCGUGUGGGCCUGACUACCCCCUCCAAGGCCCCUCGGGGGCAGGAGGGCGAGGCGGCCCCCAAGUCACCUGGAGGGGAGAAGUCACCCAAGUUCCGCUUCCCCCGGGUGUCCCUAAGCCCCAAGGCCCAGGAGGAAGGUGGAUUCCGGGUCCGGCUGCCCAACGUGGGGUUUUCGGAGACGGGGCCUCCAGGCCCCACGAGGAUGGAGGGGGCUCAGGCUGCCGUCAUCUGAAACCCCUCAGCAGAGGGAGACUCCCCUCCCGUCUUCCCAUCCCCCUCCUCGUUUUGUGUGUGAGAUAACUAGCACUAACCCUCAGAGGGCUGGGAGGCGGGCGACUGACCGGGUCAGGGCCGGGGAGUCCGUGCCUGACUCUUUGGCAGGAGUGCCCGUAUCUUGCCAAGCCAUGUGAAUAAAAUAAUCCAGAGGUAGCUUUGUGUCAGG